CUUAUAUUCUGAAAAAUACGGUAAGUAUUAAAAUUAAGCCAUGUCUUCUGGGUUUCAGAUCUGGACCCCGUGGUCCUAAAUCCAACCAAGAUGGUGAAAGUCAACCGAAGCGAAAACCUUCAGUUGACCUGCUCUGGCAGUGGCUCCAAGACACCCACGUUGUCAUGGAAGAAGGGAAGGCAGCAGAUGGGGACCGGCGAGACUCUAUCGCUGACAGAUCUGACAUACCCCAUGGCAGGCACAUAUGUCUGUGAGGCUUCUGUACCCAGCAUCUCCGGACUGAAACGGAACGAGUCCAUCCAAGUUAUUGUAGAAGGAAAGCCAGAGGUAGAAAUUCAACAAACCAUCAUCCAAGAGCUGGACCAGACAGUGAAACUCACCUGUACCGUUUUAGGCCAUCCUCAGCCAGAGAUCAGAUGGAGUAUACCUGGUGGCAAGGCGCCCGUAAAACACUCGUCAAAUAAAUAUAUUGCUGAAUUGUUAGUGGAAUUGACCCCCAAAUUAAUCCAAAGCGGAGUUCAGUGCACAGCAGAGAACAUGUAUGGCUCGGUCAAAAAGAACUUAGAGCUGAAAAUGGUUACUCCAACACCCUCCGUCUCUUCGAAGCCGGCUUUGGAGGAGGAACAGGGUCAAACCGGAAGCACCGUGGCGGUGAUUGCGGUGUGCGUCUGCGUCCUGAUCCUUCUCCUGAUCGUGGGUUUCUUCUACUUCAUGCAACGCCGGGGUCACUUGCCCUGCAGCCGGGGAGAGAAAAGAUCGCUGACCCCCAAGGAAGGGACUCCGGAUAACACCGUGGUGGAGAUGAAGGCUGACAGGCGGAACGAACAGACGGGGCUGCUGAGUCCCGGAGGCGGCGGUGGUGGUGGUAGAGGAGGAGGAGGAGGCGGGACGAAUGAGUGCUGAGCAGAGGGAAGUUGGACCUGUCUUCUACCAAGGGAGGCCCCUUCCCAUUCUGUACCACCCACAAUGGAUGGAGAAGAUUCUGGAGAGGAUCCUGCCAGGGCAUGACAGCCCUCCCCCUCCCUCCCUCCUUCCCUCCCCCACCCUCCUCCUUCCCUCUCCGUGGAGGCAAGGGGCUUCCUUCUCACCUAGACUUUGUGUCCGGAGAGGUGGAGAGGCCAAGUGGGGGGGGGGAGAGCUAUUCUGCCAACUACUUCUUCCUCCUUUAAAAAUACCACAUUUUGGAGGUGAUGUUUAUUUUUAUUUUUAUUUUUUUUGGCUUUGUUUUUUUUUUUUUAAAAAAAAGGAACUGACAAUUAUCUGGACAGACGCUCCGUGUUUAGCCUCCGGCAUUUCCUAAACAAAGUCGCCCACAGACAACAUUGAUGUCAGGGAGACAAACCAACUUUGCAGAAGUUGCUAACUCAUCGAUUUUCGACGUUCCUUUUUUUUAUUUUUUAUUUUUUUAUUUUUUUAAACCAACUUUCAGCAAGCCCGUCUCUGCUACGAUCUAAAACGAACUGUGUUUGGUUAACCCUCCCGCUCACUCCGAAAGCGAGUUCACACAAACCUUUGGCACAAUCCUGGGUGUACGUUCUCCGGUGUUCCUGGGCACGCCUGUCUGCCCCGUGUUUGCUCAGUGUUUAUGCAUGCCCCAAAAGCCAGCCUCCGAGAGAUGUCCUCAUCUCUCAGUUUCGACCCUCUCGCAGCUUGCCGUUCUCGGAGGGCCCGUCACUCACCUGUAGAUCUCUCUAGCAAGCAUUCUUCUCCCACUCCUCCUGGUGCAAUUAACCGGUGGAAUUGCACCGCUUGCCUCCAGAAGUUGUGGGGGGGCUCCACCGCUGGAGUUUUGUUUUCGUUUUUUAAAGACGAGAUUGGACAACCAAUCUGCAAUGGUAUAGGGCAGUUUUUCUCAACUUUGGUAGCUUGAAGAUGGGUGGACUUCAACUCCCAGAAUCCCCCAGCCAGCAGCGCUGGCUGGGGGAUUCUGGGAGUUGAAGUCCACCCAUCUUCAAGCUUCCAAGGUUGAGAAACACUGGUAUAGGGCCUCCGACUCUGCUAUUCUGGGGAGGAGGGUAUUAUAUCCCCUUUAUAACCUGUGGACUUCAACUCCCAGAAUUCCUGAGCUCAGGAAAUUCUGGGAAUUGAAGUCCACAGGUUGUAAAGAGGACAUACUUAACCCUUCCUCAUACUCGUAUGUCCCUCUGCAUUGGAGCCUUGGAAUUCAGCCUCUGCUUUAACAGCAAUUCGAUCUGUGAAAGGAGCGAUCUAUUAAAGGCGCAAGCAAUGACGUUCCUAUCAAACCACAAAGACCAGUAGUCCUCGGCUUACGACAGUUCCUUUUAGUGACCGUUCGAAGGGACAAGGGCCCUAAAAAAAAAGUGACCGAAGACCACUUAUGACGAUUGCAGCAUUUCCCCCAUUGAUCAUGUGAUCAAAAUUCAGGUUUGGCGACGGUUGUAUCUCCCUUUUGCGACCUUUUAACAAUCGGGGAAGCCCGAUUCACUGAACAACCAUGUUACUAAGUGAAGCACUGCAGAGGUUGACUUAACCGACGUGGCCAGAAACGUCGUAGAACGGGGGCCAAAACUCACUUUUAACGAAUGUCUCACUUAGCAAGGUAAAUUUGGGGCUCCGUUGUGGUCGCUAAAUCGAGGACUAUCGGUCUAGCCUAGCGCUGAUUCCAUCAAUCCCCGAUCCUCUGUCUAAACGGCUUCGAAUUCGGCCAGUGGCUUCGAAUGUAUGGAUUUUUUUUUUCCCCUGAGUCCAAUUUUUCUUUUUUUUUAAUUUGAUUUAUAUGCCGCCCUUCUCCGGAGACUCAGGCGGCUUACAAUGCGCUAAGCAAUAGCCUUCAAACUUUUGUAUAUUUAUACAAAGUCAGCUUAUUGCCCCCACAAACUGGGUCCUCAAUUUACCUACCUUAGAAAGGAUGGAAGGCUGAGUCAACCUUGAGCCUGGGGAGAUUCGAACCUGCAGUAAUUGCAGGCAGCUGGUCUUAAUAACCAGCUUAAUAACAGGGUGCCUUAGACCACUGUACUACCAAGGUUCAUUGCUAUCCGUCGCAACCCCUUUGAUUUCAUUCCCCCCCCCCCCCCGCCCUGUGGCAAUAAGGUAUUAUGAAUUUAUCCUGACUCGCCAUCAGCCGAGUGUAUUAUUCCAACCUGCUUUGCCAAGAAAAGCGAUUUUUGUCUGCACAUCUGAUCAUUAGCAAUCGCGGGGAAAAAAAAUAUUCCUGUUUGUUUCUAUUUUAUAGAGCUUUGGCUUCAAGGGGUUUGGGGAAGGGUCUUUUCAGGCAGAAGGUGGGUGGGUGGGCUUUAAAAAGACGGCAACGACAGACAAUGAAUUGUAUUUUUGUGUGUGUGUGUGCGUGUGUCCCGUUCCCUCCACGUCUCUCUGCUCUUGAGGUUUGAUCCCGAAUCGGACAGGGCUGGCAUUUGAAUCCGCCCGAUCUGUGGAUCUUCUUCCUUCUAUAUAUAUAUUGCAUUUUUUUUUUACAGGAUACCGUUUUUUGCGUGCACGGCAAAAUCUCUUCGGAAUAAAUUGUCUUUUGUCAGGA